AUGAUGGAGAGAGCAAUCAAAAACAAAUUUGAAAAUGAUCAAUGGAAAACAUUGAUCUUUGAUGGUACGAAGCCUCCCGUCACUGAUACAUUACGCAAACAACUAAAACGUUUAAAACAACCAUCGAAUAAAAUAAAUAAAUCGAUUAAAUCUCCUGCACCAAUUGUUAUUACGUUUUUUUUUGAAAAAGGAAAUAUUCGUGUUAAAACACAUCCUCGUGUUCAACAGAAAAAAAAAGAGAAAAAUCACGAUGAAAAUUAUGAUUUAAAUUUACUUCACGAUCCACCAUCUCCAAAUAAUACAUCUUCAUCAUCUUCAUCAUCUGAAUCUUCAAUCGAAAAUUUGAUGUUAAAACAAAUUGAUCAUAUAAAAACGAUGGCUAUCGAUGAAGCAACAUCUUUACCACCUACUACUGAUGGACUCAUGAAUAUUUUAUCACCAGUGAAAAAUGAUAAUCAAUUAUUUAAUACUUUAUUUCCAUUAUCAGAUAACAAUCGAUUGAUUAAUGUCUUAUUACCAUUAAAUCAAAAUCAACAAUUAUCAACAGUUCAAUCACCAUUACUUGAUACAUUUCUAAACGAAAAACCAUCAGAAGAUGAUGAUGCGGACAGUGUUGAUGCGUACGAUGUUGAGACAUCGGAUGUUGAUUCAUUACCAAAUGAACUUAUCGAAUUACACAAACAGAAUCAAAAUAUUUUAGCACAACAUGAUAAAGAAAUUAAAAGUUUUAGAAAAAAAUUAAAUAAAAUGAAGCGUGAUUUAGAUAAAUUAAUCGAGAAAAAACAAGAAAAAAAAGACCAAUUGACAAAUACAUUUCGUGAACGUUAUCGUUUAUGGAAAAAAAAACAAUUGAAUACUAAGGCACAUAAAAAAUGUACUAAAAGACUUGCUGCUGCUCGUAAAUAA